AUGACUCCACACUUCGAUAAUACGACCGACACAGAUGUUACUGCCACCGUCGGCCGAGACGUUUUUCUGCCUUGCAGCGUGCGGCAUCUGGGCGAUCGUACAGUUUCCUGGAUACGAAGACCCAGACAGGGGAUUUUCAAUGUCCUAGCAGUCGGUCGGUCACCGUACACGGCGGACGGGAAAUUCCAGCCCAUGCACCUUGAUAAUUCCGAAUCGUGGAAUCUCCAAAUCAAGGACAUCCGCCCUGAAGACGCUGGCGUUUACGAAUGCCAAGUGAGCACAACGCCCAAAAUCAGUCGCCACAUCACUCUCUCCGUAAUUGAGAGCCGGGCGAGGAUUUUGGGCAGUCCCGUAUUAUACGUGAACCAAGGUGGCGUCUUGCGACUGGUCUGCGAGCUGAGUGGACCACUGACAGCGAAAGAAUUCAUAUUUUGGUAUAGGAACGGCAGAGUGCUCAACUACGAUUCGGAUUUGAGGAAGCGUAUGGAGAUCUCUUCGAACUCGUCGAUAUUCAAGAACGUCGUCGACAAAAGGAAGAAUAACGAGCAGCAAACGCUCAGAAAAGUGAACGCCGACGGGAGCCCACAGUCGGAGCUGCUGUCAUACGGUAACAAGUUGAAAAGUCGGCUUGUCGUCACAGCUAUGGAGGCUUCCGAUUCCGGAAAUUAUACCUGUCAGCCAUCGAAUGCACUCCCCGACUCGAUUCAAGUUUUCGUGAUAAUCAACAAUGACUUGCCCGCGGCGAUGCAGGACAGCGUGAUGGAGAUCAGUGCGACCACAGGAAACAACGUUCUGUCUCAUACGGCAGUCGCCUUCAUGGCCACCGCUCUCCCUUCGCUAUUGCAUUACUUUUUCGGCGUCAGAUAA